UUAUUUUCCCGAGUCUUGAAUCUCCCCCAUCGCUUCUUCCCCCUCUUCGUCUCCUCCGAAACCCUCAUCUCUUCACCUUCCCCAAAACCCUAGCCCUAGAAAACCCUAAUCCUUCCCCUCCAUGGCCGCGCAGUCGGUGGCCAACAACCUCUACGAGACGGCGUCGCAGCCUGACACCGCCGGUGACGCCUACACCUUCCUGGAGUUCAGCACACAGGGCGACGACUUCGAUUACCACGAGUUCCAGGAGCUUUCCCAGCCGAUCCGUUCUUCUUCCUCCGAUCUACCUCCCCAGGACUCGUCCCCCCUCCCCUCCCCCUCUGCCGCAUCGGCGGCCGCAUCCUCGUCGUCUGCGGGUAAGGGACGGGGCGGCGAUCGAUCUGUGGCCGUUGAUGCCCUUGCUACGGGGAUUAGCGGUCUCAAUUUUGAGGAGACGGUGGGUGAUGAGGAGUUUGGGAAGGUCGGGUUCACGGAGCACGCGUGCCGCUAUUGUGGGGUUCAGAAUCCUGCAUGCGUUGUGCGCUGCAACAUGCCUUCUUGCCGCAAGUGGUUCUGUAACUCCCGUGGGAACACUUCUGGAUCGCAUAUCGUCAAUCAUCUGGUUCGAGCUAAACACAAGGAAGUUUGCCUCCACAAAGACAGUCCUUUAGGAGAAACAAUUCUUGAGUGUUAUAACUGUGGUUGCCGGAAUGUGUUCCUGCUUGGGUUUAUAUCUGCAAAAACAGAGAGCGUGGUUGUUCUUUUGUGCAGGGAGCCUUGUUUGAAUGUGAAUGCAUUGAAAGACAUGAAUUGGGAUCUCAGUCAGUGGUGCCCUCUAAUCGAUGAUAGAUGUUUUCUCCAGUGGCUUGUUAAGAUUCCUUCUGAACAGGAACAGCUGAGGGCACGCCAAAUCAGUGCUCAACAAAUUAAUAAGUUGGAAGAGCUUUGGAAAACAAGCCCGGAUGCUUCUCUAGAAGAUCUUGAGAAGCCUGGAGUUGAUGAUGAACCCCAGCCUGUGGCCCUAAAGUAUGAAGAUGCAUAUCAGUAUCAAAAUGUAUUUGCACCACUUAUUAAACUUGAAGCUGAUUAUGAUAAGAUGAUGAAAGAGUCACAGAGUAAAGACAAUGUGACAAUUCGUUGGGAUAUUGGCCUUAACAAGAAGCGUGUUGCUUACUUCGUCUUUCCCAAGGAAGAUAAUGAACUAAGGCUUGUUCCGGGGGAUGAGCUCAGGCUGCGAUACUCAGGAGAUGGUGCCCAUCCUGCAUGGCAAUCUGUGGGCCAUGUGAUCAAAUUAACUGCACAAGAGGAGGUUGCUCUUGAACUUCGCGCAAGUCAGGGUGUCCCUGUUGAUGUGAACCAUGGCUUUAGCGUAGAUUUUGUGUGGAAGAGUACUAGUUUUGAUCGGAUGCAAGGGGCAAUGAAAACCUUUGCUGUGGAUGAAACCAGUGUCAGUGGGUAUAUAUACCAUCACUUAUUAGGGCAUGAAGUUGAACUUCAAGUAGUCCGUAAUACACUCCCACGGCGUUUUGGUGCCCCUGGCCUUCCCGAAUUAAACGCUUCCCAGGUUUUUGCUGUGAAGAGUGUCCUUCAGAAGCCAAUUAGUUUAAUCCAGGGUCCACCUGGUACAGGGAAAACUGUCACAUCUGCAUCCAUUGUAUACCACAUGGCCAAGCAAGGCCAGGGGCAGGUCCUGGUUUGUGCUCCAAGUAACGUUGCAGUUGACCAAUUAGCGGAGAAGAUAAACACAACUGGAUUGAAGGUUGUUAGGCUGUGUGCUAAAUCAAGAGAGGCUGUGAGUUCACCUGUUGAGCAUCUAACGCUUCACUAUCAGGUUCGACAUCUUGACACAUCUGAAAAGAGUGAACUUCAUAAGCUUCAACAACUGAAAGAUGAACAAGGGGAACUAUCAAGCAGUGAUGAGAAAAAGUUUAAGGCUUUGAAACGAGCUACUGAAAGAGAGAUAUUACAAAGUGCUGAUGUCAUUUGUUGCACCUGUGUUGGUGCUGGAGAUCCUCGAUUAGCUAACUUCCGGUUCCGACAGGUUCUUAUUGAUGAGUCUACUCAAGCAACAGAGCCUGAAUGUCUUAUUCCAUUAGUGCUCGGGGUCAAACAGGUUGUUCUGGUUGGCGAUCAUUGCCAGCUUGGUCCAGUCAUAAUGUGCAAAAAAGCAGCUCGUGCUGGAUUGGCACAGUCUCUGUUUGAGCGCCUUGUGCUACUUGGGCUGAAGCCAUUUAGAUUGCAGGUCCAAUAUCGAAUGCAUCCUUCUCUUUCUGAGUUUCCUUCAAACAGCUUCUACGAGGGCACUUUACAGAAUGGGGUGACGAUAAAUGAGAGACAAUCCACAGGGAUUGAUUUUCCUUGGCCUGUUCCUAACCGGCCAAUGUUCUUUUAUGUUCAGAUGGGACAAGAGGAGAUUAGUGCAAGCGGAACCUCAUAUCUUAAUAGAACUGAGGCUGCGAAUGUUGAGAAAAUUGUAACAACAUUUUUGAGGAGUGGUGUGAUUCCUAGCCAGAUUGGAGUAAUAACACCAUAUGAAGGACAACGGGCAUACAUUGUUAAUUAUAUGUCUAGAAAUGGAGCGCUCAGGCAACAGCUUUAUAAAGAAAUUGAGGUUGCAAGUGUUGAUUCUUUCCAGGGAAGGGAGAAAGAUUUCAUUAUUUUAUCUUGUGUGCGAAGCAAUGAACACCAGGGUAUUGGGUUUCUUAAUGAUCCACGUAGGCUUAAUGUGGCACUAACUCGAGCUCGUUAUGGAAUUGUCAUCUUGGGGAAUCCAAAGGUUUUGAGCAAACAGCCAUUAUGGAAUAGCUUAUUGACACAUUAUAAGGAACACGAGUGCCUGGUAGAGGGGCCUCUGAAUAACUUGAAGCAGAGUAUGGUGCAAUUUCAGAAGCCAAAGAAGAUUUAUAAUGACCGCAGACUCUACUUUGGUGGUGCCCCUGGUGCUGGUCCUGCUGAUAGCUUUGGGCCCAUUGGCUCCACUAGCUCAAAUGUUGACAAACGAGGUGGUCGUGCUAAAGCAGGCCACUCCUAUAUGCCCUUCGGCCCGCCAAAUGGUACUCCUAAGCCAGGCGUGCAUCCUGCCGGAUAUCCCCUCCCUAGGAUCCCUCUUCCCCCUUUUCUUGGCGCUCCACAUUCACAACCAUAUGCAAUUCCAACCCGAGGGGCUGUUCAUGGCCCAAUUGGAGCUGUUCCGCAGGUUCCCCAACCAGGUAAUAGGGGUUUUGGAGCUGGUCGGGGUAAUGCUGGGGGCCCCAUUGGGGGUCACCUUGUACAUCAUCAGCAAGCUUCCCAACAAGGUCUGGGUGGCAUGGGUUCUUUCAGUUUUCCUCUGGAUAACCCAAACACUCAGCCAUCUGUUGGGGCUCCUUUAUCUCAAUCUGGAUUGAUGACUCAGGUUCCAGUUCAAGGUCUAAGCCAAACAUUUCAUGAAGGAUUUUCUAUGGGUGGCAUGUCACAGGACUUUCUGGGUGACGACUUCAAAAGCCAGGGAUCACAUGUUGCAUAUAAUGUCGCAGAUUUCUCUACCCAGGCUUCACAAAGUGGGUAUGGUGUUGAGUAUGCCACCCAGGGACCACAAGGGGGGUUCCCUGCAAGUUAUUUGAAUCAAAAUUCUCAACCGGGGUAUUCGCAUUUGGGCUCUGGAAAUGACUUCAUAUCUCAGGAUUACAUGGCUCAUGGAUCACAAGGUUUAUUCACACAAGCAGGAUACAAUGAUCCAUCACAAGGUGAAUCUUCUCAGAGCCAUUUUGGUGUGGCUGGCCGCAGUCCACUGCAAUCACAGGGCUUGAUGAACCCCCCUCUGCACUCACAGCCGUUCACCCAAUACAACACCCCAAAUUCACAGCCUCCGCAGCAGCAGAACCAGAAAAUUCACUACAAUGGAUAAACUCCAUUGCAAGCUUCCAUUUUGAUGGGUUAUAAUCUUUGGAUUUAGCAUCGCGGUUGUGCCAUGUGCGUGCCUUUGUGCAAACCUUGCAGAGAGGAGUCAGCAGGUUCGAGUUGGUUCCCUCUAUUGGAUGCCUCCUAAAUUUACUAUAAGGACAGGAUUGGUGGUUACAGAGGCCAAGGAAGAAUGGCGACUCACCGAACUGCAUGCUGCACAGUUGGCAUAGCUGGAGCUGAGGAAAGGAUUUGCCCAACCCCUCCGAUUAUCAUAUAGGUUUUUCCUAUGAUUUUAUCGAAAGUAAUCAAGUGCCAUAAGGGAGUAUCGAGAUUGCAUACAACAAAAAUGUUAUUGUGAUUGUGGCCUUGCUCAAUAUCAAUCGGUUUUUCUGCACAUAUACAAGGAAAUGCAAUAGUGGGUUUGUCCUCGCUCUCUGUUCGACAUAUCUACACAACAGCUGCAGUUAUACCUUUGUGUACAUCAUCAGUCUUUAAAAAUGGCAGGGCUCUUACACACUGAUGUUUAUGGUUUUUGAUGUUAUGCAGCUCAUAGUUGAACUCCCUCAACAAUGUUUUGAAUGGUUUAUUAUGUGUUUAUGCGCUGGGUGUUUUUAUAGUGGGUUAAGCUCAUCCAUGAUUUGUUGACCUAGCCUGACAAAACGGAUUAGUUCAUUUAUGGUAUUGAUUUUGGUUUUCAGUUUGA